CUUUUAGCCUGAGUGUAAUGUUAUGCUAACCUGCAAGUGGUCAGGAAAUUAGAAAUAAUGUGGUUCCAGUUUCUUCUUCAUAACCUCUUUCGGGGUAAUGUUUGUGUGGAAGCGUUGAUGGCUGAGUAAGAAGGGCUCAUUUACGUCGUCGUCGUAACACAUCAAAAGUGUUGACUCUGUUUUAUAGUCAUCUGUUAAGUGAUGCUGUUUAAUGGCACUGGAACAGUAAUUAAUUAAAAAAAACAUCCAAUUUAUUUGUUCUGGGAGUGAAUAAGGGGUAUCAAUCCUUUCUGUUGCUGCAGCACAAAUUAAUUUACGUGCUGCAUCUCCUCACAUCCUUUGAGAAUUUAAUUAUCUCAGCAAACAGACUCUGGGUGUGUUGAAUAUACAGUACGAUAUUCUAUCAGAGUCAUGCGGAAGCCAAAACCGUGCAGAGGCUCGUUGUCUCAUUAUGACUGUAUCAUUUCAGAGUCACUUGGCACCAGCACGACAAGAAAAAAAGGAAUGAUGAUACACCAGGCUUUGAAAAUGUCAUGUUUAAUCGAGGGGGAUCAUAUCGGUGAUUAUGUGACUACUGCACGCAAUCGGUGAAAUUGGAAAAUGCGCAUCUCAUGUCGAAAGGUGAUCAGGCGGCCUGUUUUGUUUGUUGCAAAAGCUUUGCAUUAGGCACAGUGAAAAACUUAAACAGCGUUUAUCAGCUUCAAGCCAGAAUAAUCGAGUUAUUUGCUGUGUUAAAUGUCUACAUAUUUUUCCCAUACUGUAAAUUAAAAUGUCAUGAUCUCGCCACGUAUCUAAACAGAAAUGCAAGAUGGUCGAAAUGUUGCAAUAAACAAGUCACAGCGGUUUUGCACAAAAACAGCAUGAGUUACUGGUGAUUUUCUGACUAACUGGACUCCUGAAGGGAAGGGGCCGGCAUAAAUCAGCUGGUGUCAGGGCUACAGACACCCACAGCUCCUUAUCGCCGCAUGCAGGUGGACACACUCUCAGAUUGAUAGGUCGAUAGCCGGUUUGACAGGCAGGGCGCCGUGCAGCCAAGUUGAGAAGCUGCUUCCAGGGACAUGUGACUCAGAUGGGGGCUCUCUGCUGGAGGCAAAGGCACGGUUUGACCAGGCAAUGAAACAUGGCAACACAAAGCCAUCGGGCUGAAAUUUAACCGGGCAUUGCAAACCGAUGAACAGAAAUGUUCCUCAUUCUAGAAAGUCGGUAUGCUGUCGGCAUUGAUCCCUCCCUUCAAGUACACAAGCCCUGGGAACAGCAGCACGGAGGACGAGGACAGUUUAAGUACCAGCAGCGCAGAGGUGAAAGAAAACCGCAACGUUGAUAACUUGGAGGAUCGCUCCCUAGCAUCUGCUGAGUGUCAAUCGCGCUUCUGCUCUGACCCCACAAGAAGUGGGAGUUCUAGCCUGAAGAGAAAACGGCCUCUGGAGGAAGACAACAACGGCCACUUGAGCCAACUCCGUCUGAUCUACAAGAAACUGUCCUGGUCCGAGGUACCAAAGAAUGCGUUGGUUCAGCUCAAUGAGCUCCGGCCAGGUCUUCAGUAUCGCAUGGUGUCACAAACGGGUCCGGUCCACGCUCCUGUUUUCUCCAUUGCCGUUGAGGUGAACGGAUUGACCUUUGAAGGAACGGGUCCCACAAAGAAGAAAGCUAAGAUGAGGGCUGCGGAACAAGCUCUUAAAUCCUUUAUUCAGUUUCCCAAUGCUCCUCAGGCCCACCUCGCCAUGGGAAACAUUUCAAACCCAUCCGUUGACUUCACCUCGGACCAAGCUGGUUUCCCUGACACUCUUUUCAAGGAGUUUGAAUCUUCCCCGUGCUCUGCCGGCCUCUCCUUUUGCAAUUCAGAAACAGAAAGUCAGCUAUUAUCAAGUGAGCUACUCAGACAUGGACGCUUAAUUUGCCAUACCUUGGACCUGAUGGUACAAGCUCAGCAACGGUUAGGGGGAAUUGUUCCAGAGCCAAACGCGCCCAAGAGUGCCGUAGUCCUGCUCAAUGAGCUCCGUCCCGGCUUGCGUUACGCCUGUCUUUCUGAGCGAGCCGAGGGCAGGCGACUGCGUAGCUUUGUGAUGGCGGUACGCGUGGAUGGACGGAUUUUUGAGGGCUGCGGUCGCAGCAAGAAGAUGGCCAAGACCCAGGCAGCCCAGUGUGCUCUUGAGGCCCUCUUCAAUAUCAGGACAGCCCCUGAAGGCCGGAUGAGUCUCAAAACCAGCAGGAAGAUAUGCCCUCAUUUACCCCAGGACUUCGCCGAUUCAAUAUUCCACUUGGUGAGGGAGAAGUAUCGCUCGCUGGUGGGCGGCUGCAAUCCGGCGUACACUCAACACAAAUCCCUGGCAGGCAUCGUAAUGACCCGAGGUCUGGACAUUAACCACGCCCAGGUGGUGGCGUUGUCUACGGGAACCAAGUGCAUCAACGGGGAGAAUCUGAGUGACCAGGGACAAGUGGUCAAUGACUGUCAUGCUGAAGUGACUGUGCGCAGAGCCCUGCUACGCUUCCUCUACUCUCAACUUGAGCUCUUCUUUAGUAAAAGGCCAGAUGACUGGGAACAGUCCAUUUUUGUGCGGCAUAAGGAACGCAGCUACAGGUUGCGAGACAGCGUCCACUUCCACAUGUACAUCAGCACCUCGCCGUGCGGGGAUGGAAGACUCAACUCGCCCUACGAAAUCACAACAGACCUACCCAGCAGCAGACACCUCAUGAGGAAGCACCGUUGCCACCUGCGAACCAAAAUCGAAUCCGGCGAAGGAACGGUCCCAGUCAGGCGUCGGGGGUCCGUCCAGACGUGGGAUGGCGUUUUACAGGGAGAGCAGCUCAUCACCAUGUCCUGCACUGACAAAAUGACCAGGUGGAAUAUUCUUGGCCUGCAGGGGGCACUGUUGAGCCACUUAAUGGAGCCUGUGUACCUUCAUAGCGUGACCGUAGGCAGCCUGCGCCACACGGGCCAUCUGGGCAGGGUCCUGAAUCAGCGGCAGGAACGACUGGGCCCCCUUCCCGCCAGUUAUAGACGCAACCAGCCGCUGCUCAGUGGGUUAAGCUGUGACGAGUAUCAGCAUUCAGGGAAGGCCUUGUGCGUGAGUGUCAACUGGACGCUGGGCGACGCGCAAUUGGAGGUGGUCAACACCGCCACGGGAAGGAGACGUGACUCAGGGAUGCCUUCACGCCUCUGCAAACACGCACUGUUCACGCGCUGGAACAGGCUUUACUGCAAGCUGGGGAUCCCCGCGUCCCGCUCGGAGGACGGCCAGCCGGUUUACUGCCAGGCCAAGAUGGCGGCACGCCCUUACCAGACAGUCAAACAGCAGUGGUUCAGGUCUCUCCAAGAAACAGGCCUGGGCACAUGGGUGAAGAAGCCACCUGAGCAGGAACAGUUCCUGCUAUCGGACUGAAGUGUUUUUUCUCUGUGUAUCUGUGAACACGGAAAAAAAAGAUGUGUUGAAUUUACUCAAUCAUAUUUUGUCAAGCGGUUGCACACAAUAGAAACAUCUGGCUUUAGGUGCAUUUUUCAAGUAAGUGUAUAGUUCAUGUAAACAAUGUGUCGGGAUCCAGAUGAUUUUUUUUCGUACAACCACUUGACAAGAUAAAGUUGGGUAAAUUCAGCACACCGUUUUUUUUUUUUUCAGCAUAUGUAAGUGUGAAAGUGUUAAUGUUUAUUUUUUGAGGGUAAGGUAGGGGCCAUGCUCUUUGCAAAACACACACCUGCAUAGCGCAAAGCGGAAACUGUCACCAUUGCGUGUGUGUGUUUGGUUGUGAAUGGGCCACACAUCCACUCCACCGCUCAACAUAGCCCCCCCCCCAAAAAACACAAAAAACGUAAGGUCAACUGGAUGUGCCAGAAGGAACAGGAAAUGAUUUUUUCGUUUUUUUUUUUUUCAUGCUGUUUCCUCUAAACUCAGUUACACACACACAUGUGUCCCAACACACCCUCCUACACCCCCCGCCCCCCAACCCUCAGGUGUGGCGUCUGUCAAAGAAGGGUGGAGUAACCUUGAGCUAAAUGAAAGGCAGCCGCUAUCUUGUCAUCAGCUAUUUCCGGGCCCCAAAGCUCCCGCUGAGGAGCAAAGCGAUGGGAGGGAGUGAAAGAGACAGAG